GAUAUUUUGGGACAUGAAUCGUGAAGAGGAUGCUAGAAGUCGCGCGGAUGAGCCCUGCCCUGUCUAAUCAUCGUCUGAUUUUUUUAAGGCAGUUCACACUGCUGUGAGGGGAUCUGUACGUGAUGAUCAUCAACAACCGCAGAUAGUCUGUCAUGCAUACAGCGCGCAUAUAUGCUCUGAUUUUUCCUCCACCGAAAGUCACAUCACCUUAACGCAAAAUUAUUCAUCACGAACAGAAUAAAGCUACUACAUACAAUCAAAGAAUCAAAUCACCGCGCGACUUUUCCUCUUCAACUAUUCUUCUUCUUUUCAUCUCUUUUCCUUUCCCUUUGCAUGACAAGCACAGUUCCCUUGUAACCAAACAAAAAAGAAGCAGCAGCAGCAGCAACAUCGGCAUAGAUGGGCUGUUUCGGUUUCUGCAGCUCCAAAGCCUCGCCUCCCAUGGAAAGCUCCUUCUCGGAGGCUCCUCAAGAAUACCCAGAACCCAAAAACGUCAGACACGAGGUUCUUUUGCGGAUCCCUGCAGGAUGCAGAGUUCAUCUCAUGGAAGAAGGAGAAGCUGUAGAGAUCGCUAACGGCGAGUUCUCGCUUGAACGAAUCUCCGACGAGAAUGUUUCUCUUGCCGCCAUCAUCAAAGUUGGUGAGGAUCUACAGUGGCCUUUGACAAAAGAUGAGCCGGUAGUGAAGGUUGACCCUCUCCACUAUUUAUUCUCGUUUCCGAUGAAGGAUGGCGAUCCUCUCAGCUAUGGAGUCACUUUUUCCGAGCAGUCUGAAGCUAGCAGCUUGGGCUUUCUGGACUCGCUUUUGAAGGAGCACUCGACCUUUUCGUGUCCGGCGUCCUCUAGAAAUUACAAAAAUACCGAUUGGAAAGAGUUUGCUCCGAGGAUGGACGAUUAUAAUAAUAUGUUGGCCAGGGCAAUUGCAGGGGGAACUGGUCAGAUUAUCAAGGGGAUCUUCAUAUGUUCCAAUGCUUACUCCAACCAGGUCCAAAAAGGAGGAGAAAUGAUUCUAACCACUGCUGCAGAGGAGAAAAAUGGUGUCAUGGCAACAGAGAGUAACAACAGCAUCAGAAGAACUGGUCCCACAAAGAAAAAGAGCGGACUCAACAAAAGCUUAAAACGAGUGAGAAAGAUGUCCAGGAUGACAGAAAAGAUAAGCAAAGCCAUGCUUAAUGGUGUUGGUAUUGCCACCGGAUCAGUGAUGAAACCCUUGGUUAAAUCCCAAGCGGGGAAGGCAUUCCUUAACAUGGUUCCAGGAGAGGUCCUCUUAGCUUCGCUUGAUGCUGUCAACAAGAUUCUAGAUGCAGCUGAAGUUGCUGAGAAACAAGCUCUUUCUGCCACCUCCAGUGCUACAACUAGAAUGGUCUCAAACAGGUUCGGGGAGAGCGCGGGGGAGGCAACAGGGCAUGUGCUUGCAACUGCAGGACACUGUGCCGGCACCGCUUGGAAUAUUUUCAAGAUUCGGAAGGCCAUCAAUCCAGCAUCGUCUGUCACCACGGGAGUGCUGAAGAAUGCUGCAAAGGAGACGGAAAAUAGAAAAUAUUAAUUGCCAACAUUAAUGUGUGAAGCAAACCGCCUUAUUGUCAUUUAUUUGCAAGUGGCCCUUAAUUAUGUUUAUCCCCAAAUGAUCACUUUCACCGUUCAUCUCA